ACACUUGUCAUCAUCGAUUCACUAAAUGCUUUGGCAGUGGCAGAGCCGCGGUUACUUGCCGUGUUCCUGUCAAGUAUCGUAACACCAGCUUCCUCGGUCAUUGGGGUCUACCAUGCAGACGUGCCACUGGUGCUACCCAAAAGUGGCCCUGGCUCCUUGAACGAGUACGAGCCGGAGCCCUUGACUGUGCUCCGCCAUUUGGCUACGGCAGUGUUCCGAGUUUCGAAUCUCUACCAGGCCGUAGAGAUCAACAAGGCACGGAACAGGAGUGAGCAGGAACCCGAGUGGGGCCUACGAGAGGGCCGUGAGGGAGUCUUGAUCGGCCUGCAAGGAGCCAUGGCGGGCGAUUCAAGUGGUGGAAUUGUUCUUGAGAUGGAGAUGAGGCGACGGAGUGGCCGUGCCGUAUCUGAAAAGUUUGUGCUAGUGCCUCCUGCAAAUGCUUCUCGAGAAGGCACAAAUGCCUUGGCUAGUGUCAACCUACUAUCGGAUCACCCGGCGUUUGCCAAUCCAACUGCAGGAGAGGCAAACGGUUCUAAUCCUACCGGUACCGAGGAGGAUAUGGAGACUACUUUCAACCUUGGCUUGACUGAGAAGCAACGUCAGGACAGGGACGGUAUAGUGCUUCCCUACUUUGAUGCCCAGACUGAUAUUGGUGGUGGAGAAGGAGGCCGGAUUCUAUAUGAAAUGGGCAGAGAGGAUGAUUUCGAUGAUGAGGAGGAUGAAAUAUGA